GAAGAGGAGGCUCUCACGUGACUUCCUGGAAGUUGCCUUGGAAAUGCGGGCAGGGAGAAGAGAAAUGACCUAAUCCACGUUCUACCCUGAAAGGGCAAAAGGGGGUUGGGGAGGGGAGUUGGGGAAGCCAGAAGGAGAGCGAUGCCCGGAGUUCGGAGGAGGCUGCCUGCAAACAGGACCCUCACGUCGCAGUGCACACACCAUCAUGUCGCCGUGUUCCUGCUCACGUUCUUCAGCUACUCUCUGCUCCAUGCCUCCCGGAAGACGUUUAGCAAUGUCAAGGUCAGCAUAUCCAACCAGUGGACCCCCUUUCCCCAUAACAACACCUCCCCCAACCUCCAGCCAAAUGAGCUCUGGAACAAUAGCCAUAUAUUUCCCGACACUAGGAAAGCCACACUCUUCCUUGGAACUUUGGACACCAUCUUCCUGUUCUCGUAUGCUGUGGGUCUUUUUAUCAGCGGUACUGUUGGGGAUCGCCUGAAUAUGCGCUGGGUCCUGUCAUUCGGCAUGUGUUCCUCUGCAGUAGUGGUGUUUGUUUUUGGCACUGUCACUGAAUGGCUGCAUUUCUACAAUGAGUGGUUCUAUUGCUUCCUGUGGAUCGUGAAUGGCUUGCUGCAGUCGACUGGCUGGCCCUGUGUCGUAGCCGUCAUGGGAAACUGGUUUGGCAAAGCUGGGAGGGGGCUUGUCUUUGGUCUCUGGAGUGCUUGUGCCUCGGUGGGCAACAUCUUUGGAGCAUUCCUUGCCUCUUCAGUUCUGCAGUAUGGCUACGAAUAUGCCUUCCUGGUGACAGCUUCAGUACAGUUUGCUGGAGGAAUCAUUGUCUUCUUUGGCCUGGUGAUUUCCCCCAAGGAAGUAGGCCUCCCUGACGUUGGCGAAGAGGGCGAUGGUUCUGCUGAAGAAGAUGUCAGUGAACCGUUAAUUGGUAGCAGUGGCGACGACGACAACAAUGACGAUGAUCAGAAUUACUCCAUUCAGGCAGCUGAUCUGAGUAACAGUGGCAGCGGCAGCGGCAGCAGCAACGCACGCCAGCCCAGGCCCAUUGGAUUUUUUCAGGCUUGUUGUCUACCUGGGGUUAUAUUGUAUUCCUUGGCCUAUGCCUGCUUGAAGCUAGUGAACUACUCCUUUUUCUUCUGGCUGCCUUUGUACCUCUAUGACAAUUUUGGGUGGAAGGAGGCGGAAGCUGAUGAGCUGUCGAUCUGGUAUGAUGUCGGAGGGAUUAUAGGCGGCACCAUCCAAGGCUUCAUCUCUGACAAGCUGCAAAAGAGAGCCCCGGUGUUAGCCGUUAGCCUCAUCUUGGCUAUUGCAGCUCUCUUGGGAUACAGCCGUUCACCAAACAACAAACUCAUCAAUGCGGUUCUCAUGGCAAUAACAGGCUUUUUCAUCGGAGGCCCUUCCAAUAUGAUCAGUUCCGCCAUUUCUGCAGACCUGGGGCGUCAGGAGAUGGUGAAAGGAAGCAGCGAGGCUCUGGCGACUGUGACGGGGAUUGUGGAUGGGACUGGGAGCAUUGGAGCUGCUGUGGGCCAGUCACUGGUAUCUUUGAUUCACGAUAAAUUGGAAUGGAUGUCGGUUUUCUAUUUCUUCAGCCUGAUGAUCGGUUUAACGGUGCUCUUCAUCACACCUUUAAUAGUAAAUGAAAUAAAGAUGCUGCGGGCAGAGAGGCGUUUGCGCAGGUUGGCUGGCUGACCUCCCCCCCCUCUCUGCGUCACUCAAUGGAACUGUCCAAGGAAGGACCACUAAGCGGAGGGGAGUUUCAGGACCUCAAGCAGCUAACGUUUACUUUGUCAUUUACACCUGCGGUUGAUGGCCACGAAAGAAUUUGCUGCUGCGAAGUUUGCGUCUGAAUGCCCUAAUACCAUCGGAAUAUACGCUGCAGCCGCCUGCAACCUGGAGGCGUCUUAUGUUUAUAGGGCUUGCAGAACUGGCCAGAGAGACAUUCUCCCCACCCCCACCCCUUAGUUUUACCUCCGGUUCUUUCUUGGAGCCAGUUUCGGCAAUCACCAGGAUCAAAUCUUAAAACUCAUCCGGACUACAACAUUUUGGGCUGCAGGUGGGUGAUCUCAGCUUUGAAUAUGCCCUCCACAAAAUAAAUCUUGCGGGUAGAAAAUGAGCAAAUCCAAGAGAGGAGUUCAAAUCUGCUGUCUCCCUAUUAUGCUAAUUGUCUCACCACCACCACCUGCAGCCUGAGAUGGAACAAUCUGGGGCACGCCUCUCCAUUUGCUGAUAACUUUAUAAACUGACUCUUUAUCAGUUGCUUGUAAAUUACAUCUGGACACCUGACAGCAGCCAGAUAGCUACAACUGACACCCCCUUUUUGCAGUUUUUUUUUACAGCAAAGUCAGGGGAAAGCUGUUUCAUUACUUGACACUAUAAAUCAGGCUUGGGCCAGUCCGGUGCAGGGUUUUGGUGUGUGUGUAUGUGUGUGUGUUGUAAACGCAUUGUGCCAAGCACCUGCCUCCUGGUUCUACCUGGCCCUGUAUUUACAAAAUACACAGCAGGAACCUUUGGAAGCAGCCCAGAUCCUUAGCCCGCUUGCAUAUAAAGAAUGGUGGUUGUGUUUUUAUUUUGAUUUAUGAAUGUUUGUCCUGUCCAAGUUGCCUGUGUUAAUUUAACCUGUCUUAACAGUGCAGUUGCAUUCCAUACUUGAUUUAUUCUUCUCUUAACUGCCUGAUGUGCGAGAAUGAGGCUGUGUCUCUGGGAGAGUCGCAAGGCAAAUAUUUCACAGAGGAGGGUGAUAAUCAAAAGUUUUACCGGAGUCCUUAAAAUUUAGGGUGUUAGGAGUUUGAAUGGUCUUAAGAGCAAUCAAAAGGGAAGGGUUAAUCAUCCGAUAUUGUCCCUGUCCAAUCAGCUGGGGUGAUUUAUACUUUUCAGUAUCCUGUGAGAGAAGUAAAGACCUACAAUUUCUCAUUAGGGAGUCAUCCAAGUCACGACCCUGACAGAGUGGUCCGAGUGAUCCUUGGGCCGGCACCAAAGGCAUUAUAAGGACAGAAAAGAGCGCAGACUUUCUAUGUUGAGGUCUUCCCUUCUCCAUAAUCUCUAGUUCAACUAGGCUAGCAUCCUGAUGUCACACUGAGCAGCAGCAGCAACCAAUGCUCUAGAAUGAGAGCAGGGAAGUGCUCAGUUUAGCGGUGCCGGGGCUUGAGGCAAAUCGAUCUAGAUGUUAAAAGCAGGGAAGAGGAGAGCUCAGCUGGUUUUGGCAUGUCCUUUUGCUUAAGGUCUAGGUCUGCCCUGGGAGUUCAGGGCAUGGGAGUAGAAGGCCCACUGGGCGCUGAAUGAUACCCGUUGCCAAAUCCAAUGCUGUGUCUGCCUUGUUAUGUGACAUCAGCACGGGGCAUCUGCGUGUAAAAAAGUCAGUGUAAAUAGGCUCGUUUCAAGCAACGACUUCCCCGGGUUUUCUUUAGCAAAGCAGUGUGCUGUCCGUUCUCAUGUGUCUUAAGAGAUUUACCCAAAUAAGCUCUGUUCAAUAUGCCCGUGGGAUAAUGGGCACCUCUGGGAUAGAUCUGUGGGUUUCUCUGGUUUGAUCCAGCUCACUGCUUGCUACCUUACCUGUUCUUUGAUUGGAUUUGGUGGCAGGGAAAGGGUCAGCAUAGAUUGCAAAAAGGAGAGAUCAUUUGUUUAAAUUGGAUCUAAAAAAUGCGCCACAAAAUUCUUUGGGUCACUUGGGACUGUCAAACCUUCAACCCACCUCAGAAAACCUUACUUAACUCUGUGCCUGCUGACUUGGGUGCCUCCUUGCCGGUGAAUUUUCACCCCAGUUUGCUUUGUGCGCUGCUGAGACUGAAGGGGAAGAAACACUUAAUUGUUAAGGCAUGAAUUUGAGGGGGGAAGGGAUUAUUUUUUCUCUGUUCUUUUUCUAAUAAUGCCUUUAUAGAAACUUAAUGUACAGUGAUAUCUUUUUUAAAAAAGAAAAAAAAUAUGUUUUUAUUUAUGAAUGUCAUUGUUGAAUCAUGUUACGGCUACCUUAAAGGCCUCUCCUUGA